AUGGCUGUCAGUACAGAGGUCUUCCCUGCAUCCGUGCAGCAGUCAGUGGGUAGGUCUGCACAGAAGCGCAGUGAGGCAGCAACACAGGCGCACGGGGUGGUGGGAGUUGCUGGGGUGGCAGUAAACGGGCUAUUGCAUGUAGGAAUGGCUGCGCGUGGGUUUCUGGAAGAAGUGAGAUCCGGGAGACGGGGGCUGCAGGAGCAGUUGGGCGGACUGGGUAUGGCGGACGAGACGAACGCAGCUAGCAUCCCUGAUCCUCCUGCCGGUAAUGGUACUAGUGGUGGUGACAGCAGCGCCAUUGCUGAAAACAGUGCUAGUCCUUCCAGUAGCCUUAUUGGAGCUGGUAGCGCCACAGCUCCCAUCAGCAUCAGCAGCAACAGCAGCGGUAUCACACCUGCGGGAAACAGCAGUGCUGCUGGUAACGCCACUGCUGCUGGCAACUUGACCGGAGGCAGUAACUUCACUGGGGCUGCUGGCAAUGGCACGGAGGGGGGUGCGGUGCGGUACUUCACGGUGGGCCAGGAGGCGUUCGUGUGGGGGUCUCCUCUCGUCACCUUCUUCCGCCAGCAGGCCACCCGUGCUGCCCUCAACGCCUUCUCAUAUGCCAACACCACCGCCGUCGUCGGCACCACCAACGUGGCUCUCCCCAAUGUGGACACGGUGUAUGGCGGAGCCUUCCUCUACCUGCGGGAUCAGCCCAUGGUGCUGAGGACCCCCUACAUGGGCCAAGGUCGCUACUACAGUGCCGGGUUCUUCCAGCUCUACUACUCGGCAUUCAGUGUGAACGGCAGCCGAGCCAACGGGCCAGGCCCCAACACGUUCACCGUUGUCGGGCCGGACUGGGCUGGGGAGCUGCCGGGUGACCUCGCACCCACCGUCAUACGGUCCCCAACUAAUGAUGCGCUCCUGUUGAUGCGAGUGGUCGUGUCAGAAAACGUCACCAACGACAUUGCUACAGUGCUGGACCUCUACAGUCAAGUCUCGCUACAGUCACUCUCAGAGGCACUAGGUGGGCCUGCCGUUGCUCCCCUCCCCAAUCCGCCCCUCCCCAGCUCCAACCUCUCCGAGGCCCUCCAGCUCGCGUCCAUCAACGUCACCCAGCAGUGCGGCUUCGACCCCUACAGCGUCACACACCUUCUAAUACUUGUGCCCUCUCCCAUCGACUUGCCCACCCUCAACCCCCCCCUCCUCCCCCCUUCCUCACUCCCUCUCUCCCCUCCUAUCAGCUCGCAUCCAUCAACGUCACCCAGCAGUGACCCCUACAGCGUGACACAGCAGCAGGCAGCGGCACUGGAGGCAGCGAGAGUGGUGACGGACCAGGCACUGAGCACCGCCAACCAAAUCAUUCAAAUCAACGAGUCCCUCAUUCAGUCGGACGAUUUCUGGGCGUCGUCACUCAACUGGCUGGGUCACGACUUUGACCGCGAGUUCUUCUAUCGUGCCACCUUCUCCUCCUCGGGAGGCAUCGGGGCACUUCCAGCCACUGAGGUGGUUUACUUCCUCACCUUCCUCGCCCAGGCCGUUCCAACGCUGCAAGGCCUGUUUCCCGGCAACCCUGCAGCACCGACUCCCUUGUCAGAAUCACCCUUGACAAUCCCUCUCAACACCACCACACCAACUAACACCACCACACCAACUAACACCACCACACCAACCAACACCACCACACCAGCCAACACAACCACACCAACCAACACCAACCGGACUUCUCCCGAACCCCCCAGCCUCCCCUCGCUGCCUCCCUUCCGCCGCUUCCCCCCAUUCGUCCCCCUCGAAGGCCCCCUGUGCUUCCGCCUGCGCCUCACCCCUCCCCCGGUCGACUCCUUCUGGUCUGUCACGGUCUACAACAGCACCUCGCUAAAUCUUCUAGAAGGAGUGACUAAGUAUGGUGUCGGUGACAGGACUCCAGGCCUGCUGUACAACCCUGACGGCACACUCACCAUCUACAUUCAACCCACGUCGCCCGGCCAAUCGCUCGAAGUCAACCGGAUCCCUACAGUUAACUCG